AUGGCCGCGCGCAGCCGCGCCCCCUGUUUGCGUGGAGCAAGUGGAAGAAGAGGAUGGGCUCGUCCAUGUCGGCAGCCACCGCGCGGAGGCCAGUGUUUGACGACAGGGAGGACGUGAACUUCGACCACUUCCAGAUCCUGCGGGCCAUCGGGAAGGGCAGCUUCGGCAAGGUGUGCAUCGUGCAGAAGCGGGACACGGAGAAGAUGUACGCCAUGAAGUACAUGAACAAGCAGCAGUGCAUCGAGCGCGACGCCGUCCGCCACGUGUUCCGGGAGCUGGAGAUCCUGCAGGAGAUCGAGCACGUCUUCCUGGUCAACCUCUGGUACUCCUUCCAGGACGAGGAGGACAUGUUCAUGGUCGUGGACCUGCAGCUGGGCGGGGACCUGCGCUACCACCUGCAGCAGAACGUCCAGUUCUCCGAGGACACGGUGCGGCUGUACAUCUGCGAGCUGGCGCUGGCCCUCGACUACCUGCGCAGCCAGCAUAUCAUCCACAGAGACGUCAAGCCCGACAACAUCCUGCUGGAUGAGCAAGGGCACGCACACCUGACCGACUUCAACAUCGCCACCAUCAUCAAGGACGGGGAGAGGGCCACCGCGCUGGCCGGAACCAAGCCGUACAUGGCUCCGGAAAUCUUCCAGUCUUUCGUCAACGGGGGGACCGGCUACUCCUUCGAGGUGGACUGGUGGUCGGUGGGGGUGAUGGCCUACGAGCUGCUGCGUGGAUGGAGGCCCUACGAUAUCCACUCGGGCAAUGCCGUGGAGUCCCUGGUGCAGCUGUUCAGCACCGCAAGCGUCCAGUAUGUCCCCUCCUGGUCCAAGGACAUGGUGGCCCUGCUUCGGAAGCUCCUCGCUGUGAGCCCCGAGCACCGGGUCUCCAGCCUGCAGGACAUGCGGGCGGCCCCGUCGCUGGCCGGCGUGCUGUGGGACCACCUGGGCGAGAAGAAGGUGGAGCCCGGCUUCGUGCCCAACAAAGGCCGCCUGCACUGCGACCCCACCUUCGAGCUGGAGGAAAUGAUCCUGGAGUCGAGGCCCCUGCACAAGAAGAAGAAGCGUCUGGCCAAGAGCCGGUCGCGGGACAGCAGCAGGGACAGUGCCCAGUCCGAGAAUGACUACCUCCAGGACUGCCUUGACGCGAUCCAACAAGACUUUGUCAUUUUUAACAGAGAAAAGCUGAAGAGGGGCCAGGACCCCACGAGCCAGCCCCUGCCGGCGCCCGAGGCCGGGCGUGUGGAUGGCGAGGCCUCGGCGGACGGUGAGGAGGUGCGCCCCUCCCUGCCCAUGUGCGGCCCCAUCUGCCCCUCGGCCGGGAGCGGCUAGGAGCCUGCAGCCCUGAGGAGGUGACUCAUUGCGCUGGAGACUCAGGUCCACCAGAGGGACACAAUGACAGCCCAGCACCGACCUUCCCACGGAGCAGCCCCGCACGCCCAGGCACAGACCCGAGCUGGUGGCCACGCCACUUCCACUGUUACAGUCUGACCACCUAGCUGCCACUGUGCUCUUGGAGGUACAUGGUGACAAGAGGCUGGUGUGACCCACCGUGCCGGACAAGGAGGGCAGGUGCCACCUGGGCCCCUCCGACUACGGGUGAUGGUGGCGGGAGGCCCACGGACUGCCUGGCCUCCCGGUGGCCGCUGCCUGCCUCACUGGCAGGGCGCGAAGCUGACUUGAGCCUGUCCCUCACCACUUCCAGCUGCACGCAGGCCUGGUCGCCCGGCCCUGCCGUCGGCUGCCCAAUGUCCGUGAGCUUGCCGCCCAGAGCCGUGGGGUGGCACAGGGUCCGCAGUUCUUGUGCAUCGGGGGGAGGGCCGGGGGGGAGGCGAGGGUGUUUUAUAGACCUGCAAACUGUUCCGGCACUUCCUGUGGUGUUUCUGAAGUUUGCACCUCCGUGAAUUACAACAAACCUACUCGAGUGCGGAGCCUCGUGCGCGCUGCCCCUGCUGAGCGCUGCUGCUGUUCACAGCUCCGGCCGGCCGGCUCCCACCGCCAGCG